UGCCGCUGCUGCCGCUGCCGCUGCUGCCAAUAUAAUACAUGUAUAUGUACUGAGCUUGUUGGGAUUCAAGCUUAUAUAUAUAUUCUAUGCGAAGUAAUUGAAUUUAUUUGAGUUUAUCAAGUGUCUAAUUCAUUCGCAAUGAACCUGAAACGAUUAAUGAGUUGCUUGCUUCUGGUGGGAACUAUUUGGUGCAUAGUCUUGUCUAUGUCCUCACAUUCCCUCACAAGGCUGGAAAAUCUGGUGCUGGGCCUGUUAGCAGGAUUCUCUGCUAGUUACAUAGUGCAACUAAUUAUUACUUGUUAUAAUUCCUCUCAUAAGGGUGAAAAAGAAAUCUACUGUGAAAACAAAGCUGAAAACCCAACACAAACUGCCCGAGAAGAGACUAUCCAAGACAUGGAUGAAGCGCACUUCUUCACCCAGCUGACAGAUAAUACUAUUAAAGAAAGUUCUUGGACCACAGUUGCUGGGAGAAACCGUCGCAUUAAAAAUAACAAACCAAACAAAAAUGAAUUAAAUAAUAACAAAACUUACGCUAAUACUUCCAUACCAAAAGCGACUUAUUACAAACCCACAAGGGGCUGCAAAGAAAUCUACUGUGAAAACAAAGAGGAAAACCCAACACGAAGUAUCCAAGAAGAGACUAUCCAAGACAUGGAUGAUGUGCACUUCCUCACCCAGCUGACAGAUAAUACUAUUAAAGAAAGUUCUUGGACCACAGUUGCCGGGAGAAACAGUCGCAUUAAAAAUAACAAACCAAACAAAAAUGAAUUAAAUAAUAACAAAACUUACGCUAAUACGCCUAAACCAAAAGUGACUUAUUACAAACCCGACAGGGUCUGCGAAAAGGUUGAGGUGGCCCCAGACCUUCGAAAGGUAAUCUUAGGUUCUGGGGGUGCAGCCUUAACCCAAUUUACAAAAACUUAUUAGGUUAAAGUCUCCAUUCCUGGAAGAAAUGACCCAACCACAACCGUUACAGUAGAAGGUUUACAAGAAAAUGUCAAGACAGCUGUGUCUGCUAUGAACACUAUCUUGAAAGAAUACACAAAAAAACAAAAGGUUACAAAAUUCAUAGACAUUCCUAAAGAAUUCCGUAAGGUAGUUGUAGGGUACCGUGGCGACAGUGUGGCAAAACUAAGGAAAAUAUAUGGUGUCUAGGUCACAAUUCCUCUGCAAAAUGAACCUGAUGGACCAAUACGUGUGAAGGGUUCAUCAGAAAAUGUUGACUGUGCCAUAGAACACAUAAAAGAAAUGAUUAAAGAUUAUAAAAAGCUAUUGCAAGAGAAGGAAAAAAAUCAGCCAGUUGAGAAAUACAUUUCUGUCCCUCACGACAGAAGGAAAUUCAUCGUUGGGAUCAGCGGCCAAACACUUUCUCAACUCAUGAGUGAUAACAA